AUGUCAAACGCUAGUAGGUCACUUGCGUCUAGCGAGUCCAAAUCGCUUCCGAAAAUAGUGAUCGAUAACGAUAAUAAAAAUUCUGAAGAAAAUGCUAAUUUCCUUCAACAUCUUGAUACAAAAUCUCGGCAUCAUGCUCAUCAUCAUCAACACCAACAACAGCUGUACAAUUUAAAAAAAUCGAAUAUAUAUAAUAAAAAUAAUUCAUCAAUACCUUCUACAUUUUCAGAACAAACAGCACCAAACUUACUAGAAAUUAAACAACAACGUUUAUUAGCAGCAGCUGAUAGAAAAAAACGUAUUAUUACACGUAUUAUAAGUAUUGUUGGACUUCUUAUAAUUCUUCUCUGUGUCGUUAUCGUAACAUUCACACUUAAAAUGGCACCGAAAAUAGAUGAACUUGUACGUACUAAAACCGGUAAAUAUAAUCUAAUGCAUCAGUUAUCUCGAGUCAGUACACCAUUAGCACCAUUAACAAUGGAAUUAAAUAGUUCUAUUGCAAAUAAUUCUUCAAUGUUGAAAUUUCCUGUUCGUACACGGCGAAGACUAUUUAUUUAA